AUGAAACUCCUCCAUCUUCCUACUUCCUCGAGACCUUUUUCUCUCCAAUCUCUCCUCAAAAGCGGCUUCUCUCCCACCUUAAACUCCAUCGACAGAUUUCUCCGAUACCUUUACAGUCGCCAGAAGUUCAAUUGCAUUCUUCACUUCUACUCUCAGCUAGAUUCGAAAAAAUUUCACAUCAAUCACCGGAUUUACUCGAUCGUUUCAUGGGCAUUCCUCAAUUUGAACAGAUGCGAAGACGCAGAGAAGUUUAUCAACACCCACAUUUCAAAAUCCUCGAUUUUCCCCAGAACGCAUAUGUUGGAUUCUCUAAUCCAUGGAUUCAGCGUCACGCGAAACGAUCCCGAUAAAGCACUUUCGAUUCUCCGGGAUUGUUUAACGAAUCACGGUGCGUUUCCUUCUUCCUUGACGUUCUGUUCACUGAUUUAUCGGUUCGUCGAGAGAGGAGAGAUGGAUAAUGCUAUUGAGGUUUUAGAGAUGAUGACGAACAAGAAAGUAAACUACCCAUUUGAUAAUUUCGUUUCUAGUGCUGUGAUUUCUGGGUUUUGUAGGAUUGGUAAACCUGAGCUUGCGUUAGGGUUUUUCCAGACUGCUGUGAAUUCAGGAGCUUUAGUGCCUAACCUUGUAACGUAUACUACGCUUGUGAGCGCUCUAUGUCAAAUGGGUAAGGUUGAUGAAGUUAAGGAUUUGGUUAGGAGACUAGAAGAUGAAGGAUUUGAAUUUGAUUGCGUUUUCUACAGUAAUUGGAUUCAUGGGUACCUUAAGGGAGGUUCGUUAAUGGGUGCACUUGUGGAGGAUGAGAAAAUGGUGGAAAAGGGAAUAAAUCGAGAUGCUGUGAGCUAUUCAAUACUAAUAGAUGGGUUGUCGAAGGAAGGAAACAUUGGAAAAGCGUUGGGGUUAUUGGGGAGGAUGAUAAAGGAGGGAAUAGAGCCGAAUUUGAUCACUUUUACUGCUAUUGUGAGGGGACUCUGCAAGAAGGGUAAACUGGAAGAGGCCAUUGUGUUGUUCGAUAGAGUUCUAAGUAUGGGAAUCGAAGUAGAUGAGCUUAUGUAUGCGACUUUGAUCGAUGGAGUUUGUAGGAAAGGAUAUUUGAAUCGAGCUUUCUCUUUGUUGGGAGAUAUGGAGCAGAGAGGUAUUACACCAAGCAUCCUCACUUAUAACACUGUGAUUAAUGGACUGUGCCGGGCAGGGAGAGUGUCUGAGGCAGAUGAGAUUUCGAAAGGGGUUUUGGGAGAUGUCGUUACUUUUAGUACUUUGUUAGAUGGUUAUAUCAAGGAACAGAAUAUUGAUGCUGUUUUAGAAAUUAGGCGUAGAUUUGUUGAAGCUGAAAUCCCUAUGGACUUGGUUAUGUGCAACAUUCUUCUGAAAGCAUUUCUAUUGGUGGGUGCAUAUGGAGAAGCUGACGUCCUUUACAGGGCAAUGCCAGAAAUGGAUCUGACUCCAGACACGGUCACAUAUUCAACGUUGAUUGAGGGGUGUUGCAAAACAGGUCAGAUCGAACAGGCACUUGAGAUGUUUAAUGAGCUGAGGAAAAGCUCGGUUUCCUCAGCUGUAUGUUACAAUCGCAUCAUCGAUGCACUCUGCAAGAAUGGGAUGCUGGAAACAGCCAUAGAAGUUCUUAUUGAGCUGUGCGAGAAAGGUUUGUAUUUGGAUAUCCAUAUAUCUCGGACCUUGUUGCAUUUAAUCCAUGGAAAGAAAGGUGACGUAGGAAUAGUAGAUUUAGUUUAUAAACUCGAACAGUUGAGUUCAAACGUUUGUCUUGGGAUGUUCAAUGAUGCUAUUUUGCUUUUAUGCAAGACCGGUUCUUCCGAGGCUCUGAUUGAAGUUUAUAUGGUUAUGAGGAGAAAGGGUUUAACUGUUAAUUUUCCUUCUACAAUUCUAAAAACGCUAGUGAACAAUCUCAGAGCACUGGAUGCUUAUUUACUGGUUGUAAAUGCUGGUGAAAGUACUCUACCUUCCAUAGAUGUGGUCGAUUACACAAUCGUCAUCGAUGGUCUCUGCAAGGAAGGAUUUCUGGUAAAGGCAUUAGAUUUGUGCACUUUUGCUAAACAGAGAGGCAUUAUUCUUAAUAUCAUCACAUAUAAUUCACUCAUAAAUGGACUUUGCCAGCAAAGUUGUCUUGUAGAAGCUCUCCGUCUAUUUGAUUCGCUAGAGAAGAUAGGUUUAGUCCCGUCUGGGGUCACUUACAGCAUUUUGAUUGACAAUUUAUGCAAAGAAGGUUUGUUUCUUGAUGCUGAGAAACUAUUGGACAGGAUGGUAUCUAAGGGACUUGUACCCAGCAUUCUCAUUUACAAUUCGAUGAUUGACGGGUAUUGCAAGCUCGGGCAUACAGAGGACGCUGUGAAAGUUUUAUCUCGGCAAGUGAUGGGAAGGGUAUCACCAGAUGCAUUCACAGUCAGUUCUUUGAUCAAAGGUUACUGUAAAAGAGGUGAAAUGGAAGAGGCUCUCAGAGUGUUUGCUGAGUUCAAGGAUAAAAACAUCUCAGCCGAUUUCUUGGGUUUUCUGUUUCUGAUCAAAGGCCUCUGCACGAAAGGGCGAAUGGAAGAAGCGAGGAGUGUCCUGAGAGAAAUGCUUGUUGCAGAAUCUGUUGUUGACCUGAUUAACAGAGUUGAUGCAGAAUUAGCCGAAUCUGAAUCGGUCAGAGGCUUCCUUGUCGAGCUGUGCGAUCAAGGAAGAGUCCCUCAAGCUGUCAAAAUCCUAGAUGAGAUAAGUUCCUCGUUCUAUCCGUCCCGUAAAAACCAGGGUUCUUGUCAAAGGUUGCAGUCCCUGAAUGGUGUGAAUGAAAUAAAAAUAAAGAAAGAAGACUAUGCCCAUGAUUUUCAUAUACUUCACUCAACCAUUAGCUCACUCUGCUCCAGUGGGAAGCUGAAGCAAGCUAAUGAGUUCGUUAUGUCUGUGCUCUCUUGUUUGCCUAGAUAG